AGUCUUUGAUUUAUAUCUCAUUAUUGUACUCUAAAAUUUGGGGCCUUUUUAGUAUGUAGGGUUAAAGGCCAUGCCUUCUUUUUGAUUCUACUGUUGAGCCGGCAAUGAGAGCGGCUUCUAUAGUGCUUUUCGUUGUUGUGUGGAUAUGAAAUCACUGCAUUGUUCUUAGUUUGUCUAAUCGUUUACAUCCGAACUUUUUUCUUUGUUCUGCAUCAAAAUGUUAUGAAUUAUAAUUAUUGAUUUCUGCGUCCUUUCUUCUUCAUGAGUUUCUAUGAUUGUUCCAUGUUGAUUUUCUGUGUGUAUAUAUGUUUAUGAAUGUGUAGAUUACUUGUAUAUACCUGUCUCUGUGUGUGGGGUGUGUGAGGUUUGAAUAAAUGUAUGUAAAGCAUGCAUGUGUAUGUUGUCCCCUGUGUGUCCAAAUUUCGAUGAGUGGAUUUCAUUGCUCAUUCCUUGUCAGCUGGUGAAUUGGUGCCUAUAUAAUUAUUUGAACUACUACCCUGACAGUGCUACUUUUUAUGUAAUGGUUCUGCGAGGUGUAUAGUUUGGGAUCUAACUGUUGCCUGUUGGCCAUGUAAAUGGGUCACAUUAACUUGUACUUUCACAUUUGAAAUACCGGAUGGAAGACUUGUAGGCAUAUGUGAUAGACACUAGUCAAGUCUCUUGUUUGAGAGUUGAGACAAAUAGAGUGCUCAAUUCACAUUUCCUGCUGUACGAUUUUUAUGAAGUGGAACAGGCAAUCUGCUACCUAUUAUGUGAGGUUAAAUGUAACUGAGAAAUUGUAUAUUGAAAAAUAUUCAUAUGACCUUGAAAGGCGGCCCCUAGUAGUGGUGAUUUAGUUAUGACUUUGAAUGAUGAAUUGUUAGUAAAUCACCAUAAUUUGUGUCAUUAUCAAUUUAUCCGAGUUUUCGGCAACCAAAGUUGCACAAAUAGAAAAGCUUCUAUUUGCGUGGAUGGCCCUUCAUAACGGCAUUAGGGUCUAGCAGCGCUCUAAGGCUUCGAUGUACUAGUACUUGCACCAAAACAUUGUGAAGAAUUUAGUGUCUUGAAAGGCAGUAACACAAGGCAAUUCCUUGAAUGGUUGUUGGCUCUACGGAGGAGUAUGAAAUGAACUUGUAACUGGUUGGGCAUUGAGUGUUCCGUUGCUUGAGGAAGUAUGCCUCUAAAAUUAAAUGUAUUUAUUAAAAGAACAUGUUGAUAUGACAAAUUAGUGAAAAACUUUCCCAUCCUAUAAUAUUGCCGAGGCUUGAGUUUCUACCUAUUAUUAACUCUGAUCCAUCUAUGAUAAUUGUCAAUCAGAUCUGUCAAGAUGUAUACAUCAAUGAAGAAGAUCCACAAGGAUAAGGACGUUGAACCCACUGAAUUUGAGGAGACUGUUGCGCAGGCAUUAUUUGAUUUGGAGAACACAAAUCAGGAACUUAAAAGUGAUUUAAAGGACCUGUACAUCAACUCGGCAGCUCAAAUUGAUUUGUCUGGAAAUCGCAAGUCUGUUGUCAUCCAUGUUCCCUAUAGAUUACGGAAAGCAUUCCGCAAGAUUCAUCUUAGGCUUGUGAGAGAACUUGAGAAAAAGUUCAGCGGAAAGGAUGUGGUUCUUAUUGCCACCAGAAGGAUAGUACGACCACCAAAGAAAGGUUCAGCUGUUCGAAGACCUCGCUCCCGCACACUUACAGCUGUUCAUGAUGCAAUGCUUGAGGACAUUGUGUAUCCUGCUGAGAUUGUUGGAAAACGCAUCAGAUACAGGAUUGAUGGGUCAAAAAUCAUCAAGAUUUUCUUGGAUCCCAAAGCAAGGAAUGACACCGAAUACAAACUGGAGACAUUUGCUGGAGUUUACAGGAAGCUUUCUGGGAAAGAUGUCGCCUUUGAAUAUCCAAUGACAGAGGCUUAAGAGCUGCUGUUAAUGAGUUUUACUGUUUCUAUUUCUCUUUGUCAAAGAUUUUGAUAUAAUUGCAUCUAUUAUGGGCUAUCUGAAAUUUUGCAUGAGAGUCGGAUUGAUGAACUUCUGCAUGGGAAGCAGGAAAAUAUUAAAGAAAGUUGCUCAUUUUCUGCUUGCUUUUUAAUUUGAAAUUGUAGAAACUCUUAUACAUGUUUGACGAGUGAACUUUGUUCCUUUAGGUCACUAAUGGUUACCAUAAUCUUAUUGUCAUGCUUGUUUAUAUUCAUUUUCUGUUUGUUUGCAUGAUGGCAUGUAGAAGAUACG